AUGACGUGUGGACGUUUGGUCAAGAAAGAGGCAUACGAGGGUAUUGUUCAAGAUAUGUUGGAUGACAAGAUAUUUGGAGUUCUCGAGUGUGAUAUUCGUACUCCCGAACACCUUAAGGACUACUUCUCCGAGAUGACACCGAUCUUUAAGAAUAUCCUUAUUGACUGUGAAAAUGAGAGCAUUAUUGGUAGCCACAUGUAUCAAUACAAUGAGUCGCGUGGUAAGCAGUGCGCUAAACCCGCUCGCAAGCUAAUCGGUAGCUACUUUGGAGAGAACAUUCUGAUCUAUGUUCCUCUCCUCAAAUGGUACAUUACCCAUGUGUCUGAUGCUCGUCGAGCUGGAGAUGUAGAUGAGUCAAAAGCAAUGAUUGCUGAGAUGAUGAAGCUGCUCGCGAAGCUACGUAUGCUUCAGUUCUACUAUGAUUGUAUUGAUUUCUACUUUGAUCGAUCUGACUUGGAUACUGAUUUCGCCUACAUGGCCUUCAGCUGUGAAAAGCCGUUUGAAGAAUACAUUAAGCAUGAGUUAAGAGAUCAUUUUGAGCAACACAAGUACGAAUGGUUUCCUCGCGACUAUAACAAGAAGGUAGCUGCUUUUGAUCGCCGCACUCCAGGUCUAUUCAAGGAGGAAUGGCGUGGUGAUGCUAUGGUAAGUCUAUCGAGUAAGAACUACAUCUGUUAUCUACCUGAUGAGAGGCACAAGGUCAAGGUUAGUGCUAAGGGUGUUGAACAGGGUGGAGGUCGCAACAAGGAUGUGCUAAAUCUAAAGGGAUUUGAGACUGUAGUCCGCGAUCGUACCACACUUCAAGGUACCAACAAGGGAUUUCGACUAUGUAAGAAUACCAAGUCAAUCAUUACAUACACCCAGCAGAAGACAGCUCUGAACUACUGCUACGAUAAGCGUCGUAGCUUAAAGAACUGGUUCGAUAAGAUGGAUGAGCUACUGCAUCAACUGUACUAUAACCCUAAAACUGGCUAUGUCGGUGCUCAGGCUCUUUACCAAAAGGCUAAGGAGCUUAAUCCGAAGAUCACCAUGAAAGUUGUUAAGAAUUGGUAUGACAAGCAGACUGAUAUAUCAACGAUUUCAGGAGCGAAAGAAGCAUUUCGAUGGUUUAAAAUUACAUCUCGGAGUCCACCCUCGUGA